AUGGCCGAUCCCGAUGGCCACCCCACGACCUCUCCCGACGCGGCCGCCGCGACUGCAGCGGCCCUCGACGCGGCCGCCACUGCGGCUGGCGCGGCUGCUCGUGCCGCUCUUCUCCCCGCCGACUCUACCAGCGCUUCGUCCUCAGCACUCGCCGAUGCGGUUGCCGCGGCAACUGCCGACGCGGUUCGAGUGGUCUUCUCCUCCCUCACCGCUCCUGCGUCGUCUACGUCUUCACCUACGGCGCAUGUGCUCCGCAUGCCAGGCGCCCAGAUCAAUUCUCCCGACGUCGUCCCGAUCGAUCUCGGCGAUGACGCCACCGUUGCCCUCCAUGCGCAGGCCGUGGCUGUGCUUAACAUCAAGACCUUGAUCCCGGUGACUCUGGAUCUCGACACUUCCAACUAUACGAAGUGGCGUGGUCUUUUUCUUGUCAUCCUCGGCAAGUACGCGUUGGCGGAACAUGUCCUGUUGGACGCCACUAAUCCGGAUCGUCCCGAUUGGGUUCGGAUGGAUUGUGUGGUCCUCGCGUGGCUCUACGGCUCCAUCUCCGCCGAACUUCUCGAGAUUGUGAUGUCGUCUUCCUCAACCGCACGGAUCGUUUGGUGUGGCCUUGAACACCAGUUCUUGGGCAACCGUGAGCAGCGCGCCCUCAACCUUUCGGUGGAAUUCCAUUGCUUCCUUCAGGGCGACCUCUCCGUCACGGACUACUGCCGCCGCCUCAAGUCCAUGGUUGACGGUCUCGCUGAUCUCAGCGAGCCCAUCACUGACCGCACCCUCGUCCUCACCUUGCUCAAAGGUUUGAACGAGAAAUUUCGUCAUUUGCAAACUAUUCUACCCAUGCAGAAACCCUUCCCGACAUUCGUCGAGGCGCGCUCGCAACUUCUCCUUGAGGAGAUCACUCGCGGCGUGCGCCCCAACAGUGGCGGCUCUCCCUCAGUGUUCCUGGCCGCUGGCUCUAACGGAGCUAGUCGUGGCGUCGCCCCGGCCCCCACUCCCGCUCACGCCGCCGGCUACGGUCCUGGCGGCACCGGCGGCCCAGCCGGAUCCGGCGGGAAUGGCGGCAACAACACUGGCAGCCGCACCUCGGGUGGUUCCAAGAAUAAUCGCCGGCGCCGCGGGAAUGGUGGCGGCUAG